AUGAACAGUCUUCAAGAAAGAAUAAAGAUUAUAAAGCAUGCAAUUACGAUUUCAAAGAUUUUUAAUUAUUCCUCAAUGUUUGAAGGUCUUAGCGCCCUACCCUUCUCAUGUAAAUCAUCAUAUAGAAAGUAUUCAAUCAACUGGAAUAGAUUAAUUUUUCAACAAUCUCCAAAUAGAUAUUCAUGGAAAAAGGGAUUUAUUUCAGUUAUUAAAGAUUAUAAAGUUACAAAUGUUAAAAUUCAAAUAAUAUUAUCAAAUACAUUAGUUAUUGGUUCAUUUUCAGCCGCUUCAAAUGCUUCUGGUAUUUUAGAAGAUACAAUUGCAGCUACCGAAUUACUCAAACAAUAUAAUGCUCUUAUUUCCUGGGACUAUGCAUGUGCUGCAUCAUAUAUAUACAAACCAGAUCCAAUAUUUUUAUUACACCAUAAUUUUAUAUCAUCUCUAUUGAAUGAUUUAUUUGGUACCUAA